AUGGGCAGUGCCGCAUCAGCCGUCAAGCGGCUGACACACUCCUUCAGGGGCAAGGGCAGCGCAGCAACACCGGCCAGACCGGCAACACCGGCAGCAAGUGCUCAACCAGCUCCUGGCCUUCAAAUUCCUGAACAGGUGCAGUUGGAAGUGCAACAUCCAAAGGAAGACCAACUUGAAGCCAGGAGUCUGAUUCACUCGCCACCUCGCUCACCUCACGAAGAUGACCAUGGAUGCAAAACAGAGUUGCUUCGUCAACAUCCGGAGGUAGAUGAUGAGCCAAGGAUGCAGCCCCUGCAGCAAGCUGCCGCAACUGCACUUGAAGCACAUUUAGAGAAUUGUGAUGAAAGUUGUCACGGCAGAAGGCAGCCUUCGAAAGAGAUGCAGGUUGCCAGGCCAGAUGCUCGUCCAGCGAAUCCAGAGCCACCGCAUCCUUGGGUACGGGUCCCCUACGAGGAUGAUUUCUACUUCUGGAACACCGCCACUGAUGAGGUCACGUGGGAAUUCCCAGCCGCGGACAGCACGGGUUCUUCCACGGAGCUGCGCGGACUAGGUGAAACACAGGCUCCAUCUGUGGCUGUUGAUGGCUUGGAGUCCGACGAGGAUGAUGACAGCCUCAUGGGCGUAUUGAAUGCCUGUCGCGAGGCGAAGGCUUGGCAUUUGCAUGGACCGGACUCACAGCAUGCAGAAGAAGACCAACAUACGCCUGCUGCACCCACUGUGCCUGACCACGGCUUCCGCUUGCAGCAAGCAAGCUCCACGAACACGACAACACCGUCCCAGGGAGAACCUUUGUCUCUUGGCCCUUUGGAAGAGAAAACUGAAAUGGGCCUGCAGGCUCAAAUGCUGGAGUGCAGGGGUGAGUCUCCAGCGCUUGGCACCCAUCAGGAGUCUUUGGCGAACAGCGCCGAGCCAGAGCAGAACGAGGAAGCUGCGCGGUCCUGGAGAGGCACGCAGGGUUCGCAUGUCACCCCUGACGUGCACAUGGUGUCAAUGGGCGAGCUGGAGACAGAAAGACGCGACAGACUUGAUCGAGGGAAGGAGCUACGAACAAGUACAAGCCAAGCAGAUGAGGAGGAAGUACCGAUGACAGAGCAAAUAAGCAGAAUGAAUGAACCUGAUCCAUUGGUAUAUCUUCCUCCUGGAUUGGUUGAGGGCCAGGAGCCUGUCAUGUCAAUGGCUUCGCGCCUGGUCGAAACUUCGCCGAUCUCAGCGCUAGUACUACCAGCAGGAUGCAGCUUGCCUGUUCAAUUUGCAAGUAGAGCAAGCAGAUUCUAUGAGCUGGUCAAGCUUCGCAAAUGUGGAGGCAGCAGUCAUGAAGGAGCGCACAACUUUUUCGACACUUACCGGGUUCUGCGCCAGCAAGGAAAGAGGCCGGGGACAGCUGAUGAUGCCUUGCGUGUGGGCGCAUCGCCGAUGGGCAAGGCAUUGCCAGCAGACCUUGGGCAUGUGGAAGCCGGCAGCAUGGCAAGGGAACUGGUGCUACAAGGUCUGAUGCAGCGCGCGUCUGAAGAUCUGCUUCCUGUGAGCCAGGAUUCCUCUUUAAGGGUGACAGAGUCAAAGUGCUCAUUUCCACGCAGUGUGCCUGCUUCGCCUGAGGAAGCCAUGGCGAAGCCAAAGUGGGCAACCAAAGCAAUGCCAAAGGGGAUGCCAAAACGUGCGCCCAACCGCCAGCGAGUUGUCACUCCAGCUCGUGCAGAAGCAGACGCAGCACUUGUGGCCGUUUAUACGGGACGUGCAUGCGGCAGCAACCGCCCUUUGCACCGGCGUCCCGAAUGGCAGUGA